AUGUUUAUAACUAAGCAGAGGCAGCAGCAGCAACUCAAGACCAACGAGUUCAGUAGCUGCAGCAGCAGCAGCAGCAGCAGCAGCAGCAACAGCAGCAACAGCAGCAAGAAAGGUGACAAACCUGCAGCAGAGAGCAGACGGAUGCCGCCGCUACCCACCGCGAGGCCGCAGCAGCAGCAGCAGCAGCAGCAGCAGCUGCAGCAGCAGCAGCAGCAGCAGCAGCAGCAGCAGGAGGAGACAGGGGAGCAGCAGGAGAAUAUGAAUAGAGAGCCCUUCUCUCGUCAGCAACCAUAA